AUGGAUAGACAUUGGGAGUUCGGGAAAGCAUAUGACAGUUUUAUCAGGGAAAAGACACCAGUUGGAAGAUCUGAAUGUUUUAAGAAUGUUACGGGACUAAGACAAGGAAGUGUGAUAUCACAACUACUAUUUAUAAUGGUGAUGGAUGAAAUAGUCAAAGAGACGAAAGAAACCCAUAGAGGAAGGGAGUUGAAGCUGUUACUAUUUGCAGAUGAUAUUGUGGUGUGGGGAACAAGCAGUAAGGAGGUACAAAAACAAAUAGACAUCCUAAAUCAUGAGGUCGAGAAAUAUGGAAUGAAAUUUAGUAUGGACAAAAGCAGGAGCAUGGUGGUAACCAGAGGGGACAGAGAGGGCAAGGGACAAAUUCAUAUUAAGGGACGGAAUAUUGAAAUAGUGGGACAACUUUAA